AUUAAUGGAUUGGUUUACUCUUGAUUUGAUAUUAAUGAAUGGGGAUACUGAUUAAUUUUGAGAAUUGUCUGGUUUCAAUUGUAAUGGCCUUUAAUUUUUUGCCUUUAAUUUUUUGCUUUUCAAAUGUGCUGCCCUUCGAUAACCGGUAUCCUUUUUCGUUUUCUGUUCAUUUUUGCCAUUUCAGGUAUAGAGGUAUUUUGAUAAUAUAGCUUUUUAAUUUAGACCACUAGUGUCAUUAUCCAACGAAAAUUUUUAAGAAAUCUUUGAAGUCUAUGUCCUGUUUUAACCACGGACAGACAAGGAAGUUCCCUUGAUGGAGAGAAUUCAUGGGUGCCUUAUAUCAGUACCCCCAUCCUCACCCUUGCAAUUGCUCGAGGGUUUAUGCUGCUUUUCCAAGAUGCUCAAUAAACCUCUCAGCUAUUUCCAGAGCCAGAAUUCACAAAUCAAGUGUGACACCUCAAGAGAUUCACCAAGAAAUAGAGUUACUUGAAUCUUUGCGGGUGUUGCAGAGAAAGAGCAUGGCCGGUGGGCUUUCUGCUUAUUCAGGUGAAUUGGAUCUUCUCCUUCAGUCUUGUGGAAACAAGAAAGACUUGGAAGCAUGCAGAAAGGUUCAUGAAUUGAUCCAAUUGAGUGAUUUGAAUGGCAACGUCAUGUUGAAUACCAGGCUUAUUAGUGUGUAUUCCAUAUGUGGGAGCCCAUUAGAAGCUCGCCAUGUUUUUGAUGUUCUCAAAGAAAAGAAAUUGUUACAAUGGAAUUCACUGAUUAGUGGGCACACAAGGAAUGGCCUCUUUGAAGAAUCGAUAGCCAUUUUCUCUGACUUACUUGGUGAAAACCUUCAACCUGAUUGUUUCACCUUGCCUUGCGUCAUCAAGGCUUGUGCUGGUCUUCUCUUAUUAGGGGUCGGUCGAGGUGUCCAUGGCUGUGCAGUGAAGACUGGUAUGGAAUCAGAUAGUUUUGUGUGCAAUGCUUUGAUUUCUAUGUACGGGAAAUGUGGUCAAGUAGAAGAUUGCGUAAAAGUGUUUGAUAGAAUAACUCACAGAAACAUUAUUUCAUGGAACACGAUGAUCUCCUGUUUUGCCCAAAACAUGUAUGUGGAGGAUUGUUUCAGAGCAUUUGUAGCUAUGCAAAAACUGGAGAACCUUCAGCCUGAUGAUGCCACCAUGGCUAGUCUUCUUCCUCUCUGUGCUUCACAAAUGGAGUUGGAAAUGGGCAAGAUGAUACAUGGGUUGGCUGCCAAGUUGGAGCUAGAUAUGAUGGCGAAAGUAGCCAAUGCAUUGAUGGAUAUGUAUGCAAAGUGUGGGUGUCUUGUCAACUCUAGGACUUUGUUUGACAAGAUGCAUAAGAGGAAUAUUGUUUCUUGGAAUACCAUGAUAGGUGAGUGUUCUAGGAAAGGCAAUCUAGAGGAGGCUUUGGGCCUUCUUUUACAGAUGCAUGAGUUGGGGUUGAAGGCUGACUAUAUUACUAUUUUGGCCAUGUUGCCUAUAUGCGAUGAGCCAAGGGAGUUGGCCAAAUUGCAAGAAAUCCAUGCUUAUGCCAUUAGAAAUGGCCAUCAAUCUGAUGAUUUAGUGGGGAAUGCACUCAUUGCUGCCUAUGCAAAAUGUGGUGCUAUGGAUUGUGCUGAUAUUUUGUUCAAGGGGAUGGGUUUCAAAACGGUGUGUUCUUGGAAUGCUCUCAUAGGUGGGUAUGCGCAGAAUGGGGAUGCAAAUAAGGCAACACAACUCUUCCAUCGCAUGGGUUCUUCAGGCUUGGAACCUGACAGUUUUAGCAUAGGGAGCAUCCUUCUGGCUAGUGCCCACCUUGCAUCGCUGAGAAAUGGCAAAGAAAUCCAUGGCUGUUUGUUAAGAAGAGGGCUUGAAAAUGAUUCUUUCAUCUCAAUUUCACUCCUCUCUUUGUAUGUCAAGUGCCAAGAACCAACGGCUGCUCAGCUGGUUUUCGAUGCUAUGGGAGAAAGAAAUCUGGUUUCUUGGAAUGCCAUGAUCACUGGAUAUUCUCAAAAUGGGCUCCCAAAUCAGGCCAUGGAUGCCUUUCGCAAGAUGCAUGAGGAAGGCAUUCAAGCACGUGAGAUAGCCACUAUGAGUGCCCUUGCAUCUUGUGCACAAUUGGCUUCUCUUAGACAUGGCAAAGAGAUCCAUUGCAAUGCAUUAAAGAGGAACAUCAGUGAUGACGUAUAUGUGGGAAGUACUAUCGUAGACAUGUAUGCAAAAUGUGGUUGCAUAAAUAAAUCCCGAAUUUUCUUCGAUAGAAUGCCAAAUAGAGAUAUUGUCUCAUGGACUGUUAUGAUUGCUGGUUAUGCAAUUCAUGGGUAUGGAAGAGAGGCUCUCUCUCUCAUUCACGAAAUGGAAUUAUUAGGAGUGAGACCUGAUGUCCUCACAUACAUUGGAGUCUUGAUGGCAUGUAGCCAUGCCGGCUUGGUCAAAGAGGCCUUGCAUUACUUUGAAGAGAUGCAAAAGAAGUAUGAUAUCAAACCAUCGAUUCAGCACUACGCAAUUAUGGUCGACAUGUUUGGGCGUUUGGGCCAUCUGAGCAAAGCUAAAAAGCUCAUUGAGGAAAUGCCUAUUGUACCUGAUGCCGGGAUAUGGGGUGCUUUGUUGGGUGCGUGUAUAAUUCAUCAAAACAUAGAAUUGGGGGAGAAAGCAGCUGAAAAACUUUUAGAAUUGGAGGCAAAUAAUGCUACCAAUUAUGUAGCAUUAUCGAAUAUUUAUGCAAGGUCAGGAAGAUGGGAAGAAGUGGGGAGAGUGAGAGCCAAGAUGAAGGAGAUGGAGUUAAGGAAGGAGCCUGGGUGUAGUUGGAUUGAGGUUGGGGGCCAAGUUCAUGGGUUUUUUGCAGGGGAUUGUAGGCACCCUCUUCAAUGAAACCUACAAAACAAUUGAGGGUUUUAGAGGAGAUUGAGGUCAAAGGCCAUCGAAAGGGCAAAUGCUUGCUUUUGCAUGGUUUAGAGGAGAAGGUGAAGGCUAAAAGGUUUUGUAAACGUAAAAAAGCUUGGUUUUGCAUCACUUUAGAGAAGAUUCAGGGGGUUAUGGCUAUGUAAUGGACCAAAGCUUGGUUGUGCUGACUUUAUUUAUAGAUGACCAAGGGGUAAAAGUCUCUGUAAUCGAACACAAGCUUGGUUUUGAGACAAUGAGAGACGUAGGCACAGUUGAGACUGACAAGGAUCUGGGAAUUUGCAGGCGGAUUGUCACAGUGCGGCCAAGCUGGUUUCCAACUUUUCAUGGGAGAAUUUAUAGCGAGGCACUAAUGGUGAAAUUCAUCACCAUCUAUUAAAUUUGGAUGAAUGUCAUGCUAAUUGGUUAUGUCUAUUUAUUAAACUACUGUCAAAUAAAGCUGAUAUAGGGCCACAUGCCAUGUUAUAAGUACGUCCCGGUGAAUUAUUUUAAGAGAGAGAGACUCUGUUUGUAUUUGUGGGGUGAAGUGUUGAUGUUUUGCA